AUGGAGGUGGCCACGGAUCAGCCUCGCUGGAUGGCCCACCACGCCGUGCUCAACGGGCAGCACCCCGACAGCCACCACCCCGGGCUGCCUCACAACUACAUGGAACCGGCGCAGCUCCUACCUCCGGAUGAAGUCGACGUCUUCUUCAACCACCUGGACUCCCAGGGCAACCCUUACUACGCCAAUUCCGCCCAUGCCCGGGCCAGGGUCUCGUACAGCCAGGCACACGCCCGCCUGACCGGGAGUCAAAUGUGCCGGCCUCAUCUUAUCCACAGCCCCGGGAUCCCUUGGCUGGACAGCAGCAAGGCGGCACUGUCUGCCCAUCACCACAACCCCUGGACCGUCAGCCCCUUCACCAAGACACCCCUUCACCCCUCGGCGGCCGGAGCGCCUGGGGCCAUCUCGGUGUACCCGGGCAGCAGCACCUCCAGCACCGCCUCCGUGUCUUCGCUCACCCCGGCCUCGCACUCCGGCUCCCACCUCUUCGGCUUCCCCCCGACCCCUCCCAAGGAAGUGUCCCCAGACCCCAACUCCACCAGCGCCGCCUCCCCUUCUUCCUCCGCCGGGGCUCGGCAGGAGGACAAAGACAGCAUCAAGUACCAAGUGUCGCUGUCGGAGGGGAUGAAGAUGGAGAGCGCCAGCCCGCUCAGAAGCAGCCUCACCAGCAUGGGAGCCCAGCCCUCCACCCACCACCCCAUCCCCACCUACCCCUCCUACGUGCCGGCAGCCCACGACUACAGCAGCAGCCUCUUCCACCCGGGCAGCUUUCUGGGGGGCCCCGCGUCCAGCUUCACCCCCAAGCCGCGGAGCAAGGCCCGCUCCUGCUCGGAAGGCAGAGAGUGUGUGAACUGUGGAGCCACUGCCACCCCUCUCUGGAGAAGAGACGGCACCGGGCAUUACCUGUGUAACGCCUGCGGGCUCUACCACAAAAUGAACGGGCAAAACCGACCUCUCAUUAAACCCAAGCGAAGGCUGUCAGCGGCCAGGAGAGCAGGGACUUGUUGUGCCAACUGUCAGACAACCACCACGACCUUAUGGCGACGUAAUGCAAACGGGGACCCAGUUUGUAAUGCCUGUGGACUCUACUAUAAAUUGCACAAUGUGAACAGGCCCCUGACCAUGAAAAAGGAAGGAAUUCAGACCAGGAAUAGGAAAAUGUCCAACAAAUCAAAGAAAAGCAAGAAAGGCUCUGAGUGUUUUGAGGAACUGUCCAAGUGCAUGCAGGAGAAGUCGUCUCCCUUCAGCGCUGCUGCCCUUGCCAGUCACAUGGCGCCCAUGGGGCAUUUGCCCCCUUUCAGCCACUCUGGACACAUCCUACCAACACCUACCCCCAUCCACCCAUCUUCCAGCAUCUCAUUUGGACACCCACACCCAUCCAGCAUGGUUACAGCCAUGGGAUAAAACCUGAUGACCAAGAGACCCAUCCAGAUAUUAGGAACAUGGGACUUUGCCUAAGAUGACAGCAAGUAAGACAAUGUUCUGCCAAGAGGAGAAUGUAGGGAUGGCAAAAGGAGACCUUUGCUCCCAUGUGGUUAACUUUUAAUGCUGGACUAAAACCUUGCAAAUGAUGGGUCUUCUGCAGAAAUGUGUAGUGGUGCCUGUAAUGCACUUUGCCCCCUCAGGUAUAAGAAAAAAGAACUCACCUGUUCGAUACUUAAUGGUCCAGCAGGAAGCAAAAGAUGGCAGAAGCUGAAAGAGAAGGCUUGGAACUGGUUUUCCUUUCUCUCUUUGUUAUUACUGUGAAUAUUGUAAAGAGAUAUAAGCAGC